AAGCAAAAGAUCCAAGCUUUUUGCUCAAACAUCACUUGCCGACUCUCUCUCUUUUUCUCUCUCUCUCUCUCAACUGCUUCUUGUUUGGGAAAAAGAUGGCGACUUUUGAGGAAAGCUCUGAUUUUGAUGCCAUACAGAAGCAUCUCUUUGAAGACUUUAUGGUUUCUGAUGGUUUCAUGGGAGAUUUGGACUUUGAUGCUUCUUUUGCCUCAGGACUCUGGUGUAUAGAACCUAUGAUGAAUCAAGUCCCUAAACAGGAACCUGAUUCGCCGGUUCUUGAUCCGGAUUCUUUUGUCAAAGAGUUUUUACAAGUGGAAGCCGAAUCAUCUACAUCAACGGGAAUUUCAUCAUCACAUGAGACUGAUCAGAGUGUCUCGACCCUGAAGAAAGCAAAGAGGUUUGAAGAACAAGAAUCGAGGCAUUACAGAGGAGUGAGAAGAAGGCCGUGGGGGAAAUUUGCAGCAGAGAUUCGGGAUCCAGCAAAGAAAGGAUCCAGGAUUUGGCUAGGAACAUUUGAGAGUGAUGUUGAUGCUGCAAGAGCCUAUGAUUGUGCAGCUUUCAAGCUCCGGGGAAGAAAAGCCGUGCUCAACUUUCCUCUAGACGCCGGAAAGUAUGAAGCUCCUGCGAAUUCAGGACGGAAAAGGAAGAGAAGUGAUAUUCAAGAGGAGCCCCAAAGAAGUCAGAGCAACUCAUCUUCAUCGUCAAGUGAUGGAGAAACGACCUGUGAAUGAUGCAUUUAACAUGUAAGAGUGUGAGCAGUUUCAUUGUAUAAGUUAAUUUGUACAGAGCAAGUGAAGUUUAGGUUAGUGUGCUUAGGAACUCUUGCAACAAGUUUGUAUGGAUGUUCUGUUUCUUCAUGUCCAAAAAGACCAUAAGUUUUAGAAACAAGUUCUUGUUUCCAAGAAAAUUCUCUCGACA